GGUUUUUCUUUGCAUUUUUCACGAGAAAUUUUGACGAUUAUACCAAAAAAUUUUGAUUGAUUGAAUUUUGACAGCCAAAAUUUCAGUUAUGGAUAAAUCGGCCGGUAAGAGCCACAAAAGUCGGGGGCAGACCCGCACAAUGGGGGCCACUUAUUUCGACCCCGACCCUGUCCUGGAGCAAAGCCGCAAAGACCAGACCAGCCCCCAUAAACCCAAACCUCGAGUUGGGCCUUCGGACGACUCAGACAUAAGACUCCAACCAUCGCUAACGACAAGAGUCGAUCUUUUGACACACGAUACGAGCGUACCGCCUGGUACUAAAUACAAACCGCCCAAAACACGAAAACAGAGGAAAGCCGACAAGCAAAGGCGGGAAAAGUACGUCCAAGACUUGCGUUUUUGCACUUAUGAUGUCACACAAAUGCCAAGUCCCACCAAAAUCACGAAAGUCGAUGUUAAGCUGAAGGCACCGUCAGCCGAAAUCAAGGAAGCCAAAGUUUUUCCACGUAAACCUUCAGUCUCGCCUAGUGAUAUCCACCCAGAGGUGCCAACACCAGCCGAAUUGGCCGAACGCCAGCCCAAAAGUGGUACCAUCAUCAAUAUCAAGCACCAAAGACCCAAAAAAAGGAAACGGAAGCCGCGACAAGAACCCGAACCUUUUGAAACUCCCCAAGGACCCACGAUUGAGGAACUUAUAGCGCAGGAAUUGGCCACUAUCCAGGAAAUUGGCGAAGGAGGGGAGGAGAAAUUGGAACCACCACAACCACCACCUGAGAACUACCUCACCAGGCAAUUCCGACGUAAAGUCUCCCAAAUGUCCAAAACCACCUCAAUCCAGAGCAAAGACUGGCACUUGGAGGAGGGAGAAGGUGAAGAUCAGGUGGUGGAGCACGAAGACCGUUUUAUAAACACACUAGUGCAAAAAUUUCGGCGCGAAUCCGAAAUCAAACGCUACGAACGACCACGACGUAAAAUCAAGCCAGGAACCUUCGAGAACUUUUCCUUCACCAAACUGAGACAACCAACGUUGAAAACCUUCUAUUACGGAGUCAAACUAGGUACAGUCCACCAAGGCGACUACCAUUUCUCCCACUUGAGCCGCAACAAACAAGGCAUUUGUAUGCCAAUAGCUGCGUAUUGUUUCUCAAUCUUGAAACACCCAGACAAGUGGACACAAGCCGACAUUGACGACGUGCUGGAAGCCGGAAACGACCUCUUCCUGGAAAGUGCCGACACCCAGCACUUGCACGGCGACAACGUCGAGCUGAAAAUCACCGAUUUGCGCAAAUACUGCAAGUUGGGGAAACGUAAAGUGCGGUUCGUGGUCAGCGAGCCGGAAAUUUCAGGCAUGGUGCGGUCAGACGACAAGAAAAUCUACAAUUUGACCAAAGCCAUCAAUAUUUUCUUUUCGCGCUACUCGGCUGGAAUUCUACAAACCGAGCACUUGAACAUUGCGCUUUGGCGCGACAAACACUACUAUUUCUUCGACGGUGGUGCCAGAACUAUUGACUUGUUCUCGCACCCGAAUGGUGUGGCCCUCAUGGCUAAUUUCUACGACACUGCGUCCAUAAUCACCGUUCUUUUGAACCGCUCAAGUCUUGAGAACGUUCCUUUUAUUAUUUACUCAAUCAAUGCGUUUAAAGUCCUGUUACGGGACGCCGAAGAAGUUGACUCGACUGGCGUUAUUCCAGAGAGUGACAAUUUCCAGGUUCUGGAUGAGGAGAAGGCAGUGGCGUUGGGUUCGUUUGAUUUGGCAGACAAGUGUUUUGGUUUCUCGCGCAAUAAACAGGCACUGACCAUUGCGAUCAUUGCGCUGGUUUACGCCAGAAUCUCACCGCCGAGUUCCUGGCACAAGGGAACCGUUGACAAGAUUGUGAUCAUUGGGAACCAACUGUUUCUGGAAUGUAUCGAGAAUGAUUCGGUUGAGGAGGUGAAAAUUGAGGAUUUGCCGGCGGUUUUUACAAUAGGGCCGUACUUGGUCGAAGUCUAUGUCGUACCAAAUACUUUCGUUGAUUUCCUUUUUAAGAAAAGCAAGUGUGUUUUGUUGGAACGUUUGGAGAAGUUCUUCGAGACUGCGUCCAAUGCCAUCGUCCAGAUUGACAAUUGUGCGUUAGCCGUCUGGAAACAGCGAAACAUCUACCACUGUUUUGACCCUUAUUCCCGCAACAAUGAGGGUUUGAAGUGCCGUGAAGGCACAGCUUGUGUGUCAAUGCACACGACUUUGGAUUCGUUGAUUAGGACAAUAGCUACGAAUUUCGACCACAAGGACAUGAUCUUCCAUGUGCAUGCCAUGAAGGUGUGCAAGAUCCACCGCGACACCUCCACCAAAGACCUGUUCCCGCAGUGUUUGACCAUGAACGAGUACCCGAUCGAAAAUUUCAAAAAAAUUAAAAUGAGAAAAGGGCACCGAAAAGCCACAAAUAAAUCGGUGACAGUUGACCAAACAACACGAGCUACGUUUCUUGGCGAAAUCCCCGAAGAAUCAAUCCUGGAGGUGGGUUCCAAUAUCCGGAGCAUCGCCCUUGAGGAGUUACCUUCAAUGGUGCACCAAGUACCAUCGAGGCCGCUUCCAAAGGUCACGCCCCCAGACCAGGAGUUUGUGGCGGAUUUGGAUUCGCCGAGUCUUUCCGACACGCAGAUCGAACCCCCACCACCGGAGGAACCCGAAGGUGAACCCUCGAUUGAGUUUGUUGACUUGGAUGGGUUCGAGUUGACCCAGGAGGAGAAGGAGAUGGUGGAACGUGGUGAAGGUGAGAAAGGGAAAGGUAAAGGGAGGACGAAGGCGCGACGAUCGGAGGCGGAGGAAAUGGGUGAGGAAGCUGGUGAAGGUGAAGGUGGGGAAGGUGCCCAAGAGUGGUACAUGGCAGCGUCCGAAUUCACCCAAAUCGGGUCACAAUCGUUCGUUAGUCGCGUAUCACAAGAAGUCAACACUGAGUUGUUCCCCAUUGAAGUACCACAAGAGGAGGUACCAUCUCUAGUGCGCGAUAUUAAGGCGCUGGCGACGAGGCGUCGGAACGACAUUCAAGCCAUGUACGAGUUUGAGAUGGGACAGGAACCCGAAGUUACAAUGUCGGAGGAGUUGGCCAAAGAAACGAACUUUGUUAAUUUACCAGAUGGUAGCCAAAUCAUCCUUGGUGGUACCAACAUGGCGGCGUUUGGGUCAGAACUUGAGUUUAUGGCACCUUUUGUCUGUAUCAUGGCCUCAGCAGUGGCCAAGAAAUACUCAAUUGAUUCUUGGUCGCGUGAUGUCGUUGAUUAUGUCCUUAAAUGUGGGGCGGAAUUGCACCAAAACUCCAACACGAGGUACGACCAAAAUUUCAAGCUCGAAAUUCCGAGGAUCAGUUUGGGGAAAACCGAUUUUAGUAUCAGGGUUAAUUAUAUUUUCGAUACGUAUCUAAAGCCAAGAGUUCUGGCAAUGGCUAUCAACAAUAUGCUGUUCCCGCAGUGGAAUUCAGGUCUUGUGGUCACACCGACUUACUCCUGUGCUAUUUUUUAUAAAAAUCAUCUCUAUUAUCUUUACGACGGGUUUGGGAACAAUGAGGUGGGUUUGAGUAAAGGUGUUUCGAAUGAAGGAGUUGCGUGUCUUGCACGUUUUUUGGAUAUUAAUGCGUUGGUGGCGAGGAUUAUUCAUAAUAAGGCGAAACGGGAGCAAGAGGAGAAUGUUGAGUAUAAUCGGUUUGUUUUGAGUUCGUGUUAUGUCAAGCAAUUGCCGAGGGAAGAAGUUGAGGAAGUGGAAGUUGAGGAACAGGCGGAAGGGGGGGAUCAGGAUGAGCCUGUUGUUGUGGAAAGUGUUAAGAAGAAGAAGAAGGAACCGGAGGAGAAAAAGCCGGUCAAGAUGGGGUACCACUUGGUGGACAAAUUGUACAAAAUCGAGGGCACCCGUAGCCUUGGAGGCGGCGGCACCGUCUCCGACACCCUCAAAGAGGACUAUUUCGUCUGCCUCUGUGCCUGCCUCCUCCUCCUCAACCUCCCAAUCAAACGCUGGGACGACCGCAAAAUCGACACAGUCCUCGACCAAGGCAUCCACAUUUUCAAUCACGUGGAAGACCACGACGUAUGUUCGAAAAAAUUCAUCAAAAACAUCCUCAUCGACGACUACAUUUUCGACAUCAUCGCAAAUCGAGUCAAAUUUGCAACCUACUCCUCAGGGCGCACUUUCCGUUCAGGCAUUGAAACGAUGGUAAACAAAAAACACGAACACUUUAUUUUGCAAUUUCCCGACCGGUGCUACGCCCUAAGUGUCCAAGACAAGAUCUACCAUUUGUUCGACCCCAACGACCCCUCAGGCAAAGCCUCCUGGACCAGAUACAGCAACUUCGGGAAGUUGAUCAAACGGAUCAGGAAAAAUUUGGCAAAAGGUGGCGAAAGCUACAAUUUCCACUGUUUCGAGAUCAUGACGAUCAAUAAGGCCCCCAAGAGCGUGAUUGUGAGCAACAGGGUGAAGAAAUAUAAAAUUCCAAAAGGAAAGAAACCGGAAAUUGUCGGUAAACCAUUCUAUGAGGAAAUUUCCUGGUUGGAAGUUGACCCGAUUCCGUGGUCUUGGCGCUUCAAUAAGAGUGGGUUGCCGUUGUGGAACCACUGGUUUAUCGAUUUCCCGAACGAUUUGUUCUCGCUGUUUGGCUGUUUGAGUCCGUUGGACGAAAGGUUCCCGCAGGAAUUGCCCAAAAAGCAAACCCUAGGGAACUUGGUUGCUGCAAUAGGGAUGUGCCAUAUUUAUGAUCUGGAGGAUUGGAACCCCACUAUCAUGGACUCGAUUCUAGUUUUCGGCGAUAAUUACUUUCAAGAGUGUGUUAAAGAUAUUACAGAUGAGAACUACGAAGUCACUUUUGAGGAUUUGAAGAAGGAGUGUACGAUUUUCCCUUACAGUUUUCAAGUGGUGUUCACUCCAGCUGUCGAAGGAACGCUUUUUCUUGUGCGCUUGAAACAGUUCAACUUGUUUAAGGCCUUGAGGGCGUUUUUUGACGAUUAUAUCAAACGGUUUGGAAUCAUUUGUGUUUCGAAGGGUGAUAAUGAUAGAAGGUUUUACGCUUUUGGGAAAAUUCAAGAAUCAGAGUACUUUUUGUACGAUUGUGAAACUUUAGGGCCUCCAAUGUUCAUUGAGAAGGACUCAGGGGUGCCCUAUAUUUUGCGAGCGACUUCUUUCAACAGACUUUUGCACGUCAUGACUUUGACUUUGAGAGGCGGCGAUUUUUACAUCUUUGAAGUGACUUUAUCUGGAUUUAAGGCAGUUGCUUAAGGCACUUUUCAUUUGGUGUUGUUUGGUGUAAGAAAUAAAACACUUUCGAUUUAAAAA